AAUUUUGUUACUAUGUUCAGUAAUUUUUGUUUGACCUAUGACUAACACGUGAUAAGUGGCGCAACGAUCCUAUUUUGACACAGUUUUGACAAAAUGACAUGUCCGACUCAAUCGUUCGGGUGAUCUACCAAGGGGCUCGCAUCGCCUACAGAGCCCUAGUUAAAUCCAUAGUUGAGGAAAUCGAGCUCAGUCAGCAAGCGGCCAAAAUUCGGUACCAGCACUCACAAGAGCAGGAGUUCACCAGAAAAGACAUGACGUUGGCCGAAGCCAUGCAAAUUUUGAACGUGGAGAAGGUCGACUCCGGGGAGGUGGAAAAACGGUUCAAAUUUCUUUUCGAAGUGAAUGAGAAAAACAACGGAGGCUCGUUCUAUCUCCAGUCGAAAGUUUUCCGCGCUAAGCAGAGGAUUGACGGAGAGAUUAAAAUGUUGGGUGCUUGUAACGAUUCGAAAUAAAUGAAUUUCAAGGAAA